CUUAAUUAUAAAUCCCAAUGACCCUCAAAAUAUGUUCUCUAAAGCUGGUAAAAUCACUAGUGAGAAAUAUAUAAUCUUUGCUCGUAAAGAUGAGAUUCUCAAUCGUAAAAUGGGUAAACGAGUGAAAAGUUAACUCUUUGAAAUCCCAAUACCUGAAACACAAGAGAAACAACUAACUCCAAAUAAUCAAUAAGUCUUAAAAACUCAAUAACCCUUUACAAAGUAAUUAUCUAGAGCAGUUGGAAAUUACACAAAAAUUGGAUGCGAUGGUUAACCACCUUGUGGCUAUUAUAAUCCAAAAUUCAAUCAAUUAGAAAAGUACAUAUCAUUUAAAUCUAUUAUUUAUAGAGCUACUCAUAUAGUUCCUGAUUAUCAAAAAAGUCUUAUAAAAACUACACCAAGAUAAACUACUAAAAGAGUAUAGAGUGCUAUUAAUUUUGGAAAUAAAGAACCUAUACCUGAAAAGUAAGUAUGGAAAAGAGAUUGUUUUGUUGAUAUGUCAAGAUAAACUGGAAGGUUAGAAUAUACAUAAUAUUUAGAAAGGAAGUAUUUUUUGGUUAACCAACACCACAUGAAGAGAGAUUCAAUUUUCUUAAUAUAACUACCCAAUUUAGUAAGGUUCCAAGAACUCCAUAAUAUUCUAUGAAUAAAUCAAUGUCUAGAGAAUAGAUGACAGUUUAUAAACGAAAACAUUAUGCUCCAGAUUAUGAACCUAAUUUUGAAUUUGGAAGGAGGUAUAAAUUUUAUAAGAAUUAAAUAGAAAAUUAGGAUCAGCUGGACCAAAAUUUGAUUCAAAAAAGGGUAGAGAUGAUAUAAUGACUAAAAAAUCAGAUUAUACUUUUGAAGAAUAUUUUGAGUUUGAUAUAUAUUCUAGAUCUUAAAAGAGUUAAAUAUUUAGAGUGCCUACUGCUCCUAAUUUUGGAAAAAUGAUUGAUAGAGAACAUGAUCAUAGAUCUAUAUUACCAUCCUAUAUGCAAGUAAUAUAGUAUUGUAAAUAUAUACAAAAUAGAAUUAACAUACUCAAACCAGAAUAGGCAUUACUCAUUUAUCUUAGAAAAUGUUGGAAACUAACAAUUUUAGUGAUGGAAGAUUUUAGACAAUUACAUCUAGUUUUGUACCUCCUGUAAAAUAAAUUGUUGAAGAAGAAGAUAUCAAAUGA